CGGGGUCCUGUCGGGCAGUUAAAGGCGACAGCAGGUAGUUGACUUUCAGCAGCUGACGGACUGCGUUUUAAUGGCUUCACAAACUCGCUUUACCUGAUUUACUCAAACAAAACAUGAAUUUCGUCAGAUCUCGCCUUUCUAUUGCCAACUUUAUAGGUCAGAGGUGCAGACCGGUCACUGAAACAUGGAGCCACAGAGGGAUGUGCAAUAAACCACAGGAGGUCAAAGCAGAGCCUCCUGCAGAGCCUCCUGCAGUGCCAGCACAAGCACCUCGGGCCGCGUUCAGACUCCCAGGCUACAAACCCUCAAAUAUGGACAAGAGGUUUCUGAUCUGGACGGGACGCUUUAAGACAGCAGACCAGAUACCAGAGAUUGUGUCGUUUGAGAUGCUCGACGCUGCCAGAAACAAAAUGAGAGUGAAAGUCUGCUACAUGAUGAUGGUGGCCACAGUAAUGGGCUGUCUGGUUAUGGUGUUCCUGGGGAAACGGGCUGUAGGCAGGCACGAGUCCCUGACGAGCCAAAACCUGGAGAAGAAAGCUAAAUGGAAGGAGGAACUACGAAAAGAGAAGGAAGCUGCUCUCGCCCUGUCAGAGAAGGCUCAGUGAUGUAAGACAACUCGUCCCUGCACAACCCUUUUAUCUGCAAUUUGGGCCAAUUGUGUCCCCGUCCUGUGUGUGUCACAGCCUCAGAGCUCCCCACUCCCAUCUGAGAGCGGCCAAAAGAUUUCAGAGCAGUUGUUACUUAAUUGUUGUGCAACUUUAAGAUUGACCUUUAACAAACAACUAUGGAUUAUUUAAUCUUUUUUUAAAGCCCAAACAAUAAUGUUGGUGUCAGCGUUUGGUGGUAUUGUGAUGGAGGUGUUAGGAGUUUAUGACCAGGGGAAAAUAAAUCAUUGGAACAGAAACAAUCAAAUCUGUCAAAGCUUGUAGUCUACUUUCACCACAUACCUUUUACUCCAACAUCUGCCUUAGGUAUUCCUGUUUUGAAAUUAGCCUCAGAAGUUAGUCUGUCUUGUGAUGACAGUUCGGCUCCAGAGGGUUUCAAAUAUUCUUGUUUUCUUCAAGAGAACAUCAAGUAAUGGAUCAGACAUGAUCCUUCUGCACAAUGUCCUGAUACUCGUGUCAUUAGAACGGGUUGUUCAUGACUGAUGAUCUCUUUGUAUAUAGUGAGCACUAAAAGAAUAUUCAUCCAAUAAAGUAUUGCUUGUUGAGAA